CGCGCCCGGCCGUGGGCCCCCGCCCCAAGGGCCCGGUGACCUCCAGAAGGCGACAGCCCGCCCGCCGGGGUGGGCUGGCCGGGCCUCCCAACCCGCGGGCCGCGCGCGCCCUUAACCGUUCGCGCCCCGCGGGGCCCACGCGCAGCCCCCUCCGGACGCGAGAGCCCGGCCUCGCUGUCCUCUCCGUUCCGCUGCCCUCUCCCCUCUCGGAGGACUCGGAACCGUUAAUUUAUAGCCUCAAUCUGUGAAUGUUUAAAUUAUUAAAUGCUUCCCAGAAUGCUCUUUUUUAUUUUUGCCAGUUUCAUUUCAAGAGGUUGGGGGUGGGGGGGCAUGCUGAAAACGAGACGUUUGCUUCUCUCCGCUAUUGCAAGCCAAUAAUUACAGGACACAAAUGAUAAUUAAAUCUGUGACCAGAUGGGUCUAAUUCGGGGAGGAAUUGAUUUUCCGGGCGCUGCUGCGAUCCUUGGGGAGGGGGACGUGGACGCCCCGGAGCGCGGCGCGGCCGGUGUCACUCGUGCCCCCUGCUGGGAAGCCUGUGACCUUCCCGGCAGGGACUCGGCUGGCCCCUCUCCAGGACCAGAAACCUUGGAGCGACUCUGCUUUAAAUCGCUAGUGACGUUUCCAACACUGUGGGAGGAAGGUCAAGAAAAGAGCAGAGCCUGAACUGGGUCUAUGCAGAUGAUCGGAAACAAGGACUGAGAAUAGCUCAGUCCAAACAGGCCACUUGGCCGGAUCGCGCUUGGGCGAGAGACGCUCAACGGGAGACCAGGCUGUGAAGGCCCGCAGGCCGGCCCUGAGGAACUCAGACGUCCAGCUGUCACGUAAGGAGCAUGCUUCUUCAGACAACAAGCGACAUUGACACAGUAUAUGCUAACGAAGGAGGAGGGCCUCUUCUUGAAAGAAGCAGGUGUGAAGAUGCACACGUGUGUUGUUCACUCCAUCCACAGUCCAUGAGCUUUCCCUGCUUGCUUGCUGGGACUGCCCAAGCAGCUGCAAACCGAAUUAGCAGUCACCUACAGGGAGCCUACUGUGUGCCGGGACACGCAUCAGUCCAGUUAAUGGCAAAGGCUGGAAACCAUAUAAAGAUUUUUUAAAACAGAGGCUUUACUCUGCUCUUGCCCUGCUUUCUUCCGGAGUACUUCUCUUGCAAUCAUUAGUUGCGUCUAUUUCCAGCUUCGAGUCAGCCUUAAAUUUUCUUUCCAAAUGCAAACACAAAGUAACUGAAAGGGCAGUAUGAACUCUGGGUUAUGGGGGCCCCGUCCUUGAUGGUCCCAGCUGCUACUUCCUGUGCUCCCUGCGUCUCUGCCCAGGGCUCUGUUCCUGCAUUGUGUCACACCAUCAUUACUACAGCCUCAUGGAGCUUCUCUCCUUGUCCGCAUUUUACUGGUCACACAUCCAGCGAGUGGUGGAGACGGCCCCAAACCUGGGAUCUGAGACUCCAGGACUGACACACCCUACCCGUUUUCUAGACCACUUCCCUACGUGACUUCUAGGAAACAGAGCAAUUAACAGCUUGAUAAAGUUUGUGCCAAAGACUCUAUCAAUGGAAGGGAUUGACCCGAGUGGUCGUCCCGUCUCGGGAGAUUCCUGUUUACUCUCAGUGCUGCUGAACUGGAGACAUAAUUUAGACGACAUCACUACCAUUCCAAAUUCUGUUACAUCAGCUGUGGUGCUUAGAAGCUGGUAACCACGGGCGAGGUUCACCUUGUCUCAAUCAAAGGGUGGUACAGAAAGGCCACUCUAGGGCAUGGCCUUAGUGACCAGCGAGCCUGGAGCCGAUUAUUGGCAGAAGGGAGACCCACGGGCCACCCACCAGAGCUGGUCUCAGAAGUCCCGGGAUGUUGAGUGCUUCAGAGCUGCUAGUGGCAUUCUUUCACCUUGGAUGUACAUUGAUUUCAGAAACGUUUAUCUGGAAGGAAUUCUAGAAGCAGGCUGUCUGCUGUCAAAGUGCAGGAAACCUUGGCCAGCUCUGUUAGCUUUCGAGAGGCUGACGCCACAGAUGCCUCAUGGGCCUUCCUGGUGCCCUUACCCAUUUCCCAAGCAACAAUGUAGCAAGUGGUUCCUGAGCACCUGCUGUGUGUCUGUGCCGAGAGCCAGCCAGGAACUUGAUGACGGCGAGACAGCGGGGUCUGCGGUCCUCACAGAGCUCACCUCUGCUCAGACCACUUUCCAGAGGAGGAAAACAAAGCAACGGAGAGCUAACUGCCUGGCUAUUCUGGGAUCAAAGCCUCAGGAUUUCUCCAGGUGGAGGAAAGUGUCUGGACGAGAAGCCCGGAACCACAAGAAGAGGCCGAACAUGUGUCCUCGCAUGACCUCUGCCCUGGUCACUGAGAGCACGGAGGCCAGGUGUGCAUGUGGACUCCAGAUGCUUCACUCAGCGAACAAGAUGGAACAAGAUGAAGAAGCCGAUGGCCGAUCUGAGACCAUUGCAGAAGUGCAGGAGCGGGAAGCAAGACCAGGGACUAUGGAACGGGGCUGACUCGGUCAGCAUUCGAGGGGGCAGUAUUGUCAGAGCUUGGCUGUUGAUUGAACGUGGAGUCGAAGAAAAAGAAGAUGAAAUUUGAACCCCAGUUAUGGUUUGGGUGGCUCAGUGAGUGACUGAGUCAGUGGCUAGGAUGGAGAAUAAAGAGCAGGCACAUGACAGGGAGUAGGUGGCAUCAGGUAUGUGUAUUCGAAGAUUUAGUUUUUAUGGCUACAUAUAUUUAUUUCAAUAACUCAGCCAUGUUUGUUUACAACCAUUAAGACACUGCUCCACUUCUUUAAUGAUGUCGACUAAAAGAAGUGUUCUAACUUUUAGUUCUUUUUAGUUCCCAAAUACAAUAAACACCAGGCUCUUAUUCUUUUAUAUAUGUGUGUGUGUGUUUGUGUGUGUGUGUAUAUAUGUGUUUGUAUGUGUGUGUAUGUGUGUGUGUAUGUGUGUGUGUGUGUGAUCAGUUCUACUGAUGUAUAAUUUACCGACAUAUACUAUUUUUAAGUAUAUACCUUGAUGAGC